AUGCCUUUCUUGCAGCACGAAUUGCCCCCGGGGCAGCGCCUGAGCACGCCGGCCACGGCCACGGGCCCGGAAAUUGCCAUUGUCGGCAUGGGCUGUCGGCUGCCCGGCGACAUUGCCGCUCCGUCGCAGCUCUGGGACUUCCUGGCCGCCGAACGCUCGGCCGGUGGGAAGAUGCCUGCCUCGCGCUUCAACAUUGAUGGCUAUCACGGCGACCCGGACGAGCCCGCCACGACCCGCGCCCUGGGUGGAUAUUUCCUGCAGGAGGACGUGCGUCUGUUCGACAACCAGUUCUUUGGAAUCAACAACCGUGAGGCCGCGGACAUGGAUCCACAGCAACGAAAGUUGCUCGAGGUGGUAUUCGAGAGCCUCGAGAGUGCCGGCGUGCCGCUGGAGGAGGUCUCCGGCGCCAAUGUGGGAUGCUACGUCGCUUCGUUUGUGGCGGACUUCAUUGCCCUGCAGUCCAAAGACCCCGAGAGCUUGACGCGCUACAGCCAGGCGGGGAUGGGCACCACCCUCCUGGCCAACCGCAUCAGCCACGUCUUCAAUCUCAAGGGCCCCAGUUGCGUCGUCGACACCGCUUGCUCCUCGUCCUUCUAUGCGCUGCAUAUGGCAUGCGCCGCCCUCCAACAGGGCGAGUGUGAUGCCGCUGUCGUGGCCGGCGUGAAUUUGAUCAUGUCGCCCGAAAUGCACGUUUCUAUCUCCCAGGCCGGGGUAAUUUCACCCUCGUCCACUUGCCACACGUUCGAUGCCUCUGCCGACGGGUAUGGCCGAGCGGACGGUGUCAAUUCCGUAUACAUCAAACGGCUGAGCGAUGCGAUGCGCGACGGCGAUCCCAUUCGUUGCAUCAUUCGCGGCACGGCCGUCAACAGCAAUGGUCGCACCCCCGGCGUGACGCAACCAAGCAUCGAUGGUCAGGAGGCCGUCGCGCGCAAGGCCUACGCGCGGGCUGGUCUGCAGCCGGCUGACACGGCUUACGUCGAGACGCACGGCACGGGAACGGCCGUCGGCGAUCCUAUGGAGAUUGAGGCGCUGUCGCGCGUUUUUCGGCGUGCGGACCGCGUGGAGCCAAUCCUAGUGGGCGGCGUCAAGCCGAACCUGGGCCACGGCGAAGCGUCUAGCGGAUUGACUAGUGUCAUCAAGACUGUGCUGGCCCUGGAACACGGCGAGAUUCCGGCCACGAUCGGUCUGAGUCAGAUGAACCCCAAGAUCCGGCCCGGUGACUGGGGAGUCCAAGUCGUGACGCAAGCCUCUCCGUUUCCCACGCUGCGCGCAGGUUCGCCACGGCGCAUUAGCAUCAAUUCCUUUGGCUACGGGGGCGCGAAUGCCCACGGUAUAUUCGAGGAGGCAGGCCGGUGUGGAGCAUCCCUUGCGCUCGGCACCGGGUCAGAUCAAGCGCUACCCUCGUCCACACAACCCUCGCUGCCGUACCUUUUACCAUUCUCGGCCAACAAGCCUGCUGGACUCGAGAGCAGAGUUCGUCACCUGCGACAGUUGAAUCUAUCGGCCAUUUCCUUACCCGACCUGGCAUACACUCUUGGCGAACGUCGGUCCCAUCUCUCGCACCGGGGGUAUAUCAUAGCACGCAGAGAUGCUCUGGAGCAGGAUCUCACGCUGGAGAAUCUGGUCGCCCCUGUGAUCGAGGGAGGGCACGCGGGCCCAUUUGCCUUCGCGUUCACCGGGCAGGGGGCGCAGUGGCAAGGCAUGGCCCGCGAGCUUCUUCAAUUUCCCGUCUUCGCCGAUUCCAUCCGCCGCCUGGACGGGGAUCUGAAACGUUUGCCGUAUGCCGCGCCGACGUGGUGCAUCGCGGAUGUUCUUCAGGACACGCAGGCGGACUGUCCGGUCAAUCAGGCGGCCUACGCACAACCACUCACCACGGCCGUGCAAAUCGGACUCGUCGACCUGCUGCGCACCUGGUCCAUCUCUCCUCUCGGCGUUAUUGGCCAUUCCUCGGGGGAGAUUGCCGCCGCCUAUGCUGCGGGGCUGUUGACGGCUCGCGAGGCUAUCACAGUUGCUUACUACCGCGGUUACGCCGUGUCCCAGCCCUCGUCGACCGGUGCUAUGGCGGCAGUGGGCCUUGAUGCCGACGCCACGAACGAGUGGGUUGCACGAGUAGCAGCCCAUGACUCGGUCCGAGUGGCCUGCAUCAACUCGCCGCAGAGCACAACGGUCAGUGGAGACGCGGAUGGCGUCGACCGUCUAGUCCAAGCUCUGCAGGCCGAGGGUAUCUUUGUGCGCAAGCUGAAAACUGACGGCAAAGCCUACCACUCACAUCACAUGGCGCGGGUGGGUGUCAUGUAUGAAUCCCUUUUACACGACAUGUCUACCUUUGGCGAUGACUGGACCCCAUCCUCCGAAGUAAUUCAUAUGCACUCCACUGUUGAUGACCGAUUGGUCCAUGCGAAGCAGGUUCGGAACCCGACGUAUUGGCGGCGCAACCUGGAGUCCCCCGUCCAGUUCCGGAGCGGGCUCGGUGAUCUCUCUCGUCGGAUAGAAGACGCCAAUUGGGUAGAGAUUGGUCCUCAUGCGGCGCUCAAGAUGCCAAUUCUUCAGACUCUCGGCCGGACAGUUUCCUAUGAGUCUGCUCUCAUGCGUGGUCAAGACGCCGCCUCCUCACUGCUGAGCUUUGCUGGCCGUCUGUUUGUGCACGGCAUUCCCGUCGACUUUGCUCAAAUACGCCGCAGCUACCCGCUCGAGUCCACAAAUCCCAAGAUGGUUCGCGAUCUGCCUCCCUAUCCCUGGCACUACGACGAGCCUCUGUGGAACGAGUCGCGCGUUAGUCGCGAGGGCCGCCAGCGCAAGCACGCGCGUCAUGAACUCCUGGGGAGUGCGAUUCCCGGGGGCAGCUUGACCACCUUCGGCUGGCGCAAUUUGCUGCGUCUCGACAAUGUCCCCUGGUUGCGUGACCACCAACUUGGCGACGAGCCGGUCUUCCCCGCGGCCGGGUAUAUAGCAAUGGCCGUGGAAGCGUUGGCCCAAACUGCGUUACCAGGAAACCUGGACCUCGCGGAUUUCUCUGUCGUACUGCGUCAUGUCGACCUCCUACAGGCCCUCCCUCUACACGAGCAAGAACCUGUCGAGCUGUAUACGGAACUCCGGGCCCAGGCGAUCUCGAACGUCCGCGACUCGCGCGACUGGUGGGAGUUCCGGAUUGCCUCGAUUGCCGAUGGGCUGUCGACCGUGCGCGCGAAGGGCACUAUCAAGAUUGCCGUGCCGACCGAGUCGUUGGGCAUGCCUCUUCCAUCAUCCUCAUGCCAGCUGGCAGCGCAGUCGAGCCGCCUCUGGUACGAACGAAUCUCCAAGGCCGGGUUCGGCUACGGUCCGGCAUUUCAACAGAUGAUGCGACUCUUCACGGCUGAUCCGAAGGGGACGCGGUACACCGAGGCCCACACGCCGUCGCUCUCCCCCGUCUUGGAAGGCUCCCAAUCUGCACCGCGAUAUCUUCUUCAUCCAACGUUACUGGAUAACCUUCUGCAGACUGGCCUUGUAGCGUGUACCGCGGGACAUCUACCGGCGAUGGUGGCUCGCGUGCCGACCAGAUUAGAGGAGGUCUGGGUGCGGCGACCAAUGCAUCCUCAAGAUGCCGGCAUCAUUCGCUGCACCUCCGACGUGACAGGUUUCACCACGAACAAGCUCAAUGCCGCUCUCUGGGAUGCCCGGCAGCAGCCGGUGGCGCACAUGGCCGGCGUGGAUAUCAUCGCCUACACUGGCCAUGAGAAGAUGGAGGUACGCCAUCCGCUUUACCGCAUGAGUUGGAAGCCCGAUAUUGAGCAGAUCCAGAGCAGCACUGGACUGUCGUGGGCGGUGGGUUAUGUCCAGUCCAUCUCGGACCUGGGAAUGCUGGGGCCCUAUGCUGACAUCCUGUCUGCUCUUGAUCUGGCUGUCCACAAAAGCCCCGACGCCCCGAUUUUAUGCAUGUCAACGGAUAUCGCCAUGAUUGCCCUGGCCUUCCUUGAAGUCCUCGAGGCAUCAACGGCCCAUCGACGGUUCCACUCGUUUUUCUUGGGUCGUUUCGCCACCGAUGGCGCCCUCGAGGUCACCGAGAUUACCAAAUACACCGCUCCCCUGGGGCUCAAGUCUGCAACCUAUCGCCAGGCAGAUCCAGAUGAUGACUACAAAAUCAUCAUUCUAGGCGAAGACAUGACUCCUUGUAACAAAUUGUCUUCAUACACUGACAGUGGCUCCCUUUUCCUCGGACCUGCGGAAACAAACCAAGAUCGCCUUCCUUCCAGUCUUGACAACUUCGCUGUUGCGCACGCCCAGUCACAUCCCCACAGGAAUGGCGUGUUUCUGUUGCGACCUUCCAUGUCCAAACCUAGCUCUAGAUCAGCAUUCGAACAGAUCAUUCUUGUGGUUCGGACCGAGGGUGAUUCGGCGGACGAGCGUCUAAGGGGUUUCCUAGCCGCGGAUCUAGGAGUAAAGGUUGACCUCAUAUCCCUGGCCAACAUGGCACGCCUUUCCCCCAUUUCACCUAGCACACUGGUAGUGUCGACCGCCGAGUUAGAUCAGCCCGUCAUGACCGAGGUCACCUCCGAUUGUUAUAACGCUGUGAAGCAGCUCGUAAUGCAUGCACCGCGCAUUGUUUGGAUCACCGGCUCUGGCGCCCAGCAAGACUGCAACCCAACCAUGUCCCUAUUCCCAGGUCUUGCGCGUGCCGUCAUGAUCGAGCAGCCCUCAACUAAGAUCUUCUCCCUGGAGCUUGCACCGAACACCGACAGGGAGGUGAUCUCGCUCCAUGUGGCCCAUAUCGCUGCACAGUCGACGCACCGCAUCGUGGAGCACGAGUUCCUUCAGAGCGGCCCCGGUCUCCUUAUUAGUCGCGCAAUCCCCGAUGACCGGAUGAACCAACAUUUUCGUAUACGCCAGGAAGAGACUGCGAUCUCAACCCCGCUGGCUACCGCCGGCGCUGCAUCGCUUUCCGUGCAGAAACCAGGCCAACUAAGUACCGUUCGUUUUGUGCCAACGGCGGAAUCCAACCGGGGCAUCUUGGCAGAUGACGAGGUUCGAGUCAAGGUCUCGUUUAUUGGGUUGAACGCCAAGGAUGUCUAUGCCAUGGCAGGCCGGGUCCAAACCCCAGAUGCCUGCUGCAGCGCCGAGUUCACCGGCCAAGUUGUGGGAGUAGGAACUGCCGUGCGCGAGCUGGCCGUCGGAGAUACAGUAGCGGCCAUGUAUCCCGGUCACUUCGGCACCUACGAGACCGUUCCGGCCCGCUGCUGCGUGAAGCUCGAGACCACCGACGAUCCACGCGUGAUGGCCUCCGUUUUUGUUGUCUUCGUCACAGCCUUGUACGCGUUCGAGAACCGCGCCCAUCUCCAGCCCGGCGAGUCGGUGUUAAUCCACUCGGCGGCGGGCGGCGUGGGCAUUGCGGCGAUCCAGCUGGCGCAGAUGAUGGGUGCCGAGAUCUUUGCCACCGUGGGCACCGACGAGAAAAAACAGUACCUAGUGAAGACGUUCGGCCUUCGGGCGGAUCACAUCUUCAGCUCCCGCGACACCAGCUUUGCGGAGGGUAUUCGGUCAGUUACAGGGGGCCGCGGCGUCGACGUGGUUCUCAACUCGCUUGUGGGUGAGCUGCUCCAUGCUAGCUGGGGGUGCCUGGCCGAGUUCGGGCGUUUCGUGGAGAUCGGCAAGCGUGAUAUUCAUGACUAUGGCAAACUGUCUAUGGACUCCUUCGCCCACGCAACCACCUUCACUGCCUUUGACCUGAGUCGGUUGAUCCUGUCACAAUCCCCGGCGCAGCACCGCCAGUACCACAGCAUGCUGUUGCGCAUCGUGGCUCUCUUGCGCAGCGGCACGAUUCAGCCAAUUUUGCCGCUCACCACCUUCAAUGCUGCGGAGCUACCGACGGCCUUGAACUACUUUAACAGCACCAAACGUAUGGGUAAGAUCGUUAUCUCGUUCGAGGACCCAACGCAAAUGGUGCCUGUCGUGCCGGAACGGUUCCAGACCCGACUACAUGGGCACAAGAGCUACCUCAUGGUCGGCUGCUUGGGAGGGCUCGGGCGCAGCCUUUCUAAGUGGAUGAUGCAUCGUGGAGCGCGUCAGUUCGUUUUCAUCGGUCGCUCGGGGGUGCAACGGCCGGCAGCACGUCACCUCGUCGAGGAGCUCGAACGCGACGGCGCCCGAUGCAUCGUCGUGACGGGCGACGUUGUCCACGCCGAGGACGUCGAACGAGCUGUCGCCGCUGCUCCCGCACCGUUAGGAGGCGUCGUUCAGGCGGCCAUGGGACUGAACGAGGCGAUUUUCGCCGACAUGCCGCACGAGUUCUGGCGUAACGGUACGCAGGCCAAAGUGCAGGGUACUUGGAAUCUACAUGAUGCGCUCUCGCGCCUCGAUCGGGAGAAACAGCUGGAUUUCUUCCUGCUCACUAGCUCCAUCAAUGGCAAGGUUGGCACCGCCACAGAGGGUAACUACUGUGCUGCCAACAAUUUCUUGGAUGUCUUUGCACGUUAUCGUCGCAGCUUAGGUCGCACGGCCGUUUCGCUGGGUCUGGGCAUGAUCUCCGAGGUGGGAUACCUACACGAGAAUCCACACAUCGAGGACCUCUUGCUCCGCAAGGGGGUUCGCCCCAUCACCGAGGACGAGCUGCUGCAGAUCGUUGACCUGGGCCUUUCGCAACCAUCCACCUCGGCCCACGCAGAUGACUGGAUCGCGCAGUCGCACAUCUUGACGGGCCUGGAGCUAACGGGACUGCAGCGCCAACACCAGCAUGGAUAUGGCGGUUAUUGGCAGUUCCUUGAAGAAGCGCGCUUCGGCGUCCUCACCGGGGCACUCAAGCGAAGCUCUGGCGUCGCGGCCGAGAGUGGCAAUGGCAGACAAGCCUCGCCCAUUACGGCUGCGUUAGCCGCUGGCGAUGAAGACCAGCUAAUCGACGCGGCGCAAACGGUCAUCGCCCAGAAGAUGUCGAGCUUAAUUCUCCUCCCGCUAGAUAAACUAAACGUCCAGACCGCUGUGGCCGACUUCGGUAUGGACAGCAUGCUGGCUGCUGAGUUGCGGCAGUUUGUCUUCGCUGCUACCGGCGCAGAUGUCCCGUUCCUGGCCCUCAUGGAUAAAAAGACGAGCAUCUCAAGCCUGGCACGCACGGUGGCACGUCAAUUAUUGCAUCACGAUGAAAGCCAGCCUACUGCGAAGGGGAAUUGA